UUUCCAGCUGGUUGCGCGCGUGCUGCUUAAUGUUGCUGAUUUCCGUCGGUCGCUUUGAUAAUAAGGACAGAAAUAAUCAGGAGCGGGAGGGUCCGGGAGCUUCUCAAGCAAGCAGGCCGGAAGGAAGGCAGGCGAGAAUAUGGCACCGCGCUCAGACAGGCAGCUGUUGAGGUGAGGCAGGAUCAUGGAGGCAGGCAGCAGCACUGCUGCAGCACGGCACAACGCGGCUCCUGCACCUCCAGGAGACAUGGCGAUCCCGGAUCCCCUCCACCGCCCCCACUCGUCAGAGCAGGAUGAGCAGGAGAGGAGGCCAAAGACAGUAGAGAGAGCAGGAUGGGAGGAUGCCAUCGCUCUUAUGGCAAGGAGUGCGACCGUGCUGCCAGAGCUGUCUACUGACUCGUCUCUCCGCUCGUACACCAGCACAGCCAGUAUGAAGGUCAAGAAUGUGAAAAAGCUACCACUCAGCAAAGGCCAUUUCCCCCGCCUGGCAGAGUGCGCCCACUUUCACUAUGAGAACGUCGACUUCGGCUCUGUGCAGCUAACUCUGACCUGUGAUGAGAACGACCUGACACACAGCAGCCUCAACUCCAGGGAACUGGUGUAUCUUGUCCAGAUCUGUUGCCAGGGGAAGAAGUGGAUUGUCAGACGGUCCUAUGAAGACUUUCGUGUGCUCGACAAGCACCUCCAUCUCUGUAUAUAUGACAGAAGGUUUUCUCGGCUCACGGAGCUUCCUCGAUUUGAAAACCUGAAAGUGAAAUCAGAGCCACUUUCCCAGAUGCUUACUGCCUACCUUUCCCGCCUCUCAACCAUCGCUGACAACAAGAUAAACUGUGGGCCUGCCCUGACAUGGAUGGAGAUUGAUAAUAAAGGAAACCGCCUGCUGGUCCAUGAUGAGUCUUCCAUUAAUGUUCCAGCUGUUGCUGCUGCUCACGUCAUAAAGCGCUAUAUUGCCCAAGCUGCUGAUGAGCUCUCUUUUGAGGUUGGAGACAUAGUUUCCGUCAUUGACAUGCCUCCAAAGGAAGACACCGGAUGGUGGAGAGGAAAGCAUGGCUUUAAGGUUGGAUUUUUCCCUUGUGAGUGUGUAGAACUGAUCAGUGAGAAAGUUCCUCCAAGUGUGACUGGUUCACUGCCAAAACCAGUAUCUAAUAAGCAUGGGAAGCUGAUCACAUUCCUGCGUACUUUCAUGAAGUCGAGGCCCACUAAACAGAAGUUGAAACAGAGAGGCAUCCUGAAGGAGAGGGUGUUUGGUUGUGACCUGGGAGAGCACCUCCUCAAUUCAGGCCAUGAUGUCCCCCAAGUCAUCAAGAGCUGCACAGAGUUCAUUGAAAAGCAUGGGGUGGUAGACGGCAUUUACCGCUUGUCUGGGAUUUCCUCAAACAUUCAGAAACUACGGCAUGAGUUUGACUCGGAACACAUUCCAGACCUCAGUAAGGACACGUAUAUCCAGGACAUCCAUUCUGUAGGGUCUCUGUGCAAGCUCUAUUUCCGCGAGCUUCCCAACCCCCUGCUCACCUACCAGCUCUAUGACAAAUUCUCAGAAGCUGUAUCAGGAGCUACAGAUGAUGAAAGGCUGGUCAAAAUCCAUGACGUCAUUCAGCAGCUGCCUCCUCCACACUACAGAACUCUCGAGUUUCUUAUGAGGCAUUUGGCUCAUAUGGCGACCUUUAGUUACGUCACCAACAUGCACUGCAAGAACUUGGCCAUUGUCUGGGCUCCCAAUCUCCUCAGGUCAAAACAAAUCGAGUCUGCCUGCUUCAGUGGCACAUCUGCCUUCAUGGAGGUGCGCAUUCAGUCAGUGGUAGUGGAGUUCAUCCUCAAUCACGUCGAUGUCCUUUUCAGCCCCAAACUCAGCACUCUGAUCCGAGAAAGCUCAGGCCAUGGCACUUUGUCCCGACCCAAGUCUCUGCUUGUGUGCUCUCCAUCCACCAAGUUGCUGUCUCUAGAAGAGGCACAAGCCCGCACUCAGGCCCAGCUCACCUCUCCUGUCUCCCCUGAAAGCAAGUACAUCGAGGUGGGAGAAGGUCCUGGCGCCCUACAGGGAAAAUUCCAUACCAUCAUCGAGUUUCCAAUGGAAAGAAAGAAGGCCCAAACAAAGGUAAAGAAAUCUCCUGUGGCAAGCUGGCGUUCAUUCUUCAAUAUGGCAAAAUCCUCUACCACAGCCAAGCGCAAGCUGCUCCGUCAUCCCAGUGAGCCCAAUAACAUGAAGACCUCACAGGCACUCUCAGGUGGUAGAGGAGAUACUGGAACACUACGAUCAUCUAAAAGUGAAGAAUCUCUGUCAUCAACCAAUCUUGAGGGUGGAUCAGCAAUGUAUAAAGCACGCAGGCCCCGCUCUACUAGUGUUGCCCUGUCCACUUCCUUCAAUGAAGAGCUACUAAACAACCGAGUCCACAGGGACUCUCAGUUAAGCCAUAAAGACAGGAAAGACACAGCUUUGUUCACCACUUGUGUGCCUGUUCUUAUAUCAACCCCACACUCUGCUGAUGCAGAUAUUGGCAAGGCUUCUCGAGACUUUGACCCAGUUUCGUUUCAGUGCAGUUCAACGCCAAUUGAAGCUUCUGCAUCUGAAGAAAGAAAAAGAGGCAGCAGACGGAAGACUGGAGGCAGUUCCAGUGAAUCAGAAACCUUGAAAAAAGUCACCCCUACAGGACCAUCUGAUGCAAUCCCAACAGCUUCAGAGGACACAAAUCAUAAGCACUCAAUGUCAGCGAAAUUUGCAACAACUAUUACAGCUAAAGAAAACCUGAAGUCCUCUCAGACUGUUCCUGUGGGUCUUAUCCAAAAACCUGAGGUUGCAUUAGAGAUGAAAACUCUGUCUGUGCCUCCCGCUGAAGUGAUCUCACCCCUAGUCAAGUCCAGUGAGUCAAAUUGGGGACAAGAUUGUCAAAACAAGCCUUCCUCUUUACUCCAGACAGAAGCUGAAAGCCUUGAUGAAACUCACAGUGAGGAAACAAGAGCAGUGAAACAAACAGAAUCGGGUGCUGUGACCUUUGACUGCACUCCAGGGCUGGUAAGAUCAGUGUCCCUCAUAACCUCCCAGCCUGCUGUAAAGAGUGCUGCCCGUAUGUUGGCUCUGGCCUUGGCUGAAUCAGCACAACAGGCCACCUGCCUGAGGAAACGAGGGAGUUCAGAACCACCAACUCCUGUUUCUCCAAGUCACCUCCAGGACCCACUGUCCAUCCUACAGUGGCCUCCAAAACCUUCUCAACAAGCCCAAACAUCAUCUGCCAGUAGAGGACACUGCUGUGGCACCUGCAAAACUGUGGGCAAACCUUCAAGUGUCAUCUCUACAGGAAGUUACACCGAUGCUGGCAGCCUGCAGAGCACCUGUGCAUGUCAUGGCAGUGAGAGCGGACAUAGCUACUCUGAUGGAGGUGAUGUUUCUGCUGAAAGUCACAAAACAAAUUUGCCCCCAGAGGACUUGCCUGCUGUUAAAAAUGUAGAUACUGAGCAGGAUGCUGAAAGCCAUAUGCCCUUGAGAGAAAACGUCCGCCAUGUUGGAGUUGGUACAGAUGGUGGUAGCCCAGAGCAAAGCUCUGAGAUGGAGUCAUACAAGAACCUGAUGCCAUCUCCCUCACAGACGGUGACAUCGCUCUCUACCACUAACAGUCAGACAGCCAGGGCUUCUCUUCUCAACAAACAAGCUGCCAAUGCUUCCAACUUUCGUGUGAUAUUAGCUGAAGCUUCUAUGCCAGCCUCAGUGCAUGAUGUUCUUCCACAAUCUCCAGUUUCUCCUCUGAAUUCCGCUUACGAGUGCAGCCCCAAAGAUGAGAUGUUGAGGCCAUCAGGUCAAACUUACUGGUCAGGUCCAUUUGAACAGGCCAAUUCCUUUCAGCCUGAUUACCAAGCUAAGAUCUUCUCCAAGGACCACUACAACACCCUGGCACCAAGGUCCCUCCACCAGUCCAUUAAAUACAAGAGUCAACAAAGGAACGAACACUCUCCCAGCUUCCUUUACCGACAUGGUGGCCCAAGAUACCCACCAAUGGAUGGUGCGUCUGUGUAUCCCACUAUUCGUAGAGUGCGCUCCAUGCACGCGCCACCAGAGGAUACAUUCUUCUUCCCACAUCCGUCUUACCAGAAGAAUACUUACCACAGGCAAGUUCUCUCAGAUAUCCACCAAGUGAGGCCUUAUUUUGAGGAUGGUAAAGUUCAAUAUAGGUACAAGCCCUAUUCAGGAGCGCAGUAUAACAAUCUGGAUCAGUAUCGAGUAAGUAGUCAUGGAUACGGCCACUCCUACACCCUCCUCAGGCGGCCAACCUAUCCUGGUAGAGUGAUGAGCAAAGCUGAGAACUAUCCCAACAUGCCCUAUAGCAGAGAAGCUAGUUUUAUAAAACAAGGCACUGGCCAUUUUCCAAGAGCAAGAAAUGUUGGUGUGUAUGAGGGUUUUGAUGCUGGAUUAUCAGGUCAACAUUUCAGUCCAUCUUUUAGACAAGGAAAUAUAGAAAAGAGGAGAAUGCAAGAUGUUGUCCCUCAGCCCCAUCUUCAGAAAGAGAGCCAGAGGGGCCAAGAAACAAUGCGCACUGGGAAUAAAUCUGAUUCAACCAAAGAUCUGCUUAUUUCUACUGAAGGGGCUGAUGGGAAAUACAGGGUUACUAUGGUGUCCCAUUACUCCCCUGAACACCCACACUCUGAAUCUAACAUACCCCUUUCCACCCAGAUGGAGAAACAGAGGAGUGGGCACAGUGCCAAACCUGCCCUGAUGCUAAAGCAAAGUCGGUCCAUGCAGAACUACAUGCAGAAAACGCUUGAGGCCUUGCCACAACCUCGUAAGCUAACUCUGCAAAAAGAAUACAGCUGCCCUGAUUUUAAACACACCGAUUCUUCUGAGCACAGCAGUGCUCGACUUCACAGCCAGGAUAAGCUGAUUAGGGUCCACGGCAGCCAUCCUAAAGCGGAUUUUCAGUACGCUUGGGUUAAGGGACAUGAUUUGCAAAGAUCAGCGAGGUCACAGAGCAUGAAAAGUCAUCGGCAACCCAGACACACCAAAAUGACACUGGAGCAUGAUCAUAGAUUUUCAUAUCCUGUCCAGAGCAGGCCAAGGACUCGUAGCAUGUUUGCACCUUCGCGUACUGAUUACAUGGAUGGUUACGUGUCUUUGCAAACCAAGGUACAUGGCAUUUUCCCAAACUACGGCUGCAUGCCCCCUCACAGUAACAGACUGUACUCUUCAGCCAUGGGCACAGGACGCUUUCUUCACUCUGAGAUUAGGCCCGAGACAGAAAUAUAUGCUGAAUGAAGCUACUUGUGUAUGGGGGGGGGAGUGUUAUUUUAUUCUUCAGAAUCUAUUAUAUAAAAGAAAGAGACGCAUUACAUGUAUUUUAAUAUGGUAUGAAAUUUUACUUGUACAUUAUCCCAUAUUAACAGACAUCAAAUAACACGAGUGAUGGAGCUUGGCGUCAUCACGUUCACAUCAAAUCACUAAAAAUUUUUAUUAAUUAUGAAGAAAUUGUCUAAAUUAUUUGUAAUAGCUAAAAUAAGUAAUUUUAUUCAGUAAGUCAUUAUAAGACAUUCUUCAGCUGUUAGUAAUUUCUUAACUAUGAAAUACAUCUUCUGGAAAAAAAUUUCAACAUAAGAUUUAAAUGUAUACUUGGUCUUAAAAGGUAUUAAUUAACUGAUAAACCUGGUAUUUCUUUGAGCUGCUUUGAUGUUCUAACACAACACCAAGUGGCAUCCAAGGACAGUUUCACAAAUUCUUAAUGUGCAUUUUUUUUUUUUUAGGUUUUUUUGUGUGUGUUUUUAUAUAGUGACUUCAAAAUCAGUGAUGAAUCUUGUCAACACAUCGUCUGGUAAUUUAAAGAGAAAUAACAAAUUUUAGACACCGUAAGGCCCUGAUUUACUAAGAUCCAGAAUAAUGUGGUAAUUUGUGUGUGCAGUGGGGGGAAAAUGUGUAAACGUAACAUAUAUAAGGUCAUGGUGAGUUCAAAUCUCAAAGAUUUCUGGAAGAAUAAACUGAAUUUGGAGGUACAAUAUGAGACGGGUUGAAAUACUCGACAUUCAAUGUAAUUAAAUGAAUCAAAGUGUGUAAAUGUUAAUAACUUUUCUUAUGAAGGCUCUAAAUGCCUUUAGCAUCUGAACAUGCAGUGAACAUCUCAGAUGACUGUGGUAAUUUUGAAAAACUGAUUAAGGCAUACCUGGCGACUUGUCCAGGGUGUACCCCGCCUUUCGCCCGUAGUCAGCUGGGAUAGGCUCCAGCUUGCCUGCGACCCUGUAGAACAGGAUAAAGCAGCUAGAGAUGAUGAGAUGAGAUGAUCAAGGCAUAAUGACGCAAAACUUUCUCAUUAUUAAGACGUAGUAAAAUGGUGUAAUUUUAACGUCUGGAAAUGUAAUAAAUACAUUUUCGUUUAUAUUCAUUUGUGCAUUCAAUUGCUGUUCCCAAGGUGUCUUUUAGGUAAAUCAUGUUGCACUUGAAGCCAUGGCUUAAUGCUUAGAGAAGCAACUUUGGGAACAAAACGUUGCUGGUUUGAUUCCCUGGACCAGCAGGAAUGGCUGAAGGUGCCCUUGAGCAAGGCACCUAACCCCCAACUGCUCCCCCAGGCUGCUCAGGGUAUGUUGUAUAUCGCUCUGGAUAAGAGCGACUGCUAAAUGCCAUGUAAUUAAAAUGCAUUGACACUGCCGUGUAUUUUCCACCUUAAGGUAUGAUCUCCCAAAUUGAAAAUCCAUUCAGGCAAAAUAUCCAAGACAUGAAAUUUUGCUCACGUGAACAGUAUGGUCACCUUUCAAUCACCUUUUUGUUGUUAAUAUAAAGCCUUUGGUAAAUCAGGGCCUUUGUGCAUCGCAUACCAUAUUCAUGACACUUGCAAAACACAUUUUAGUUACAGGAGUCUUAAUCUGUUCUUUGAGAACCGGUUUGAUUAUUGAUUGGUACGUGUACCCAAUCCUGACCAAAAUUGUGCUAGCUCCAUUUCUUGUCAUUCUUCUUGCAUUCGUUUUGCCUCAAAGUCAUCAAAUGUGUUCCAAUUUACAUUGUAGCUUUAACACACAAAAAGAUGUCCUAAAUGAAGCAGAGGUUGCUGUUUCAACUCUAAUGUAUAGAAGUCUUGUGGUGUUGAAAUAUAUUUUCCUGCUGUUUAUUGCUUACUGUACAUGUAGUUGGUGGCUAGGCAAGCACUUUGAUUAGACCCCGUCUGUGAAACAACCAGACACUUUAACAGAAUGAAUUUAAUGACAAUAACAAUUUUACAACUUCAGUAUGCAAUGGAGAAUUGAGGAUACGGCUUGACUGUGAUCCUGGAACUAAAAUUCAGGGUCCUGAAGUUGAAUUGACCAUUAAAUGGUUACAAAUGGAGGUAUAAUGUAAAUUCAGAUAUAUUUAUUUAAAUGAAAUCGGUCAUUCUUGUGUAGUUGAACAUGUGUAAUGUUUAUUAUUCUAAGGGUUUUUAUGUUGUCUACUCGUUUUUUUAUG